CGGCGGCUGACCGUGUCUCUCCGAGGGGGAAACUGCACUGUGCGCGUGCGCGUAGCUGUCACUUCCGCUAUCGGGAGCUACCGGAGCGAUGUCUGCCACACUGCGCCCGUACCUCAACACAGUCCGUGCCACCUUACAGGCGGCGAUGUGUCUGGAAAACUUCUCUUCGCAGGUGGUGGAGAGACAUAACAAGCCAGAAGUGGAAGUAAGGAGUAGUAAAGAACUGCUCUUACAGCCGGUGGUCAUCAGCAGAAAUGAAAAGGAGAAAGUUCUGAUUGAGGGAUCCAUUAACUCUGUGCGCGUCAGCAUCGCUGUGAAACAGGCUGAUGAAAUUGAAAAGAUUUUAUGCCAUAAAUUCAUGCGUUUUAUGAUGAUGAGGGCAGAGAACUUCUUCAUCCUGCGCAGAAAAGCUGUAGAGGGAUACGACAUCAGCUUUCUGAUCACAAACUUCCACACGGAGCAAAUGUACAAACACAAGCUGGUUGACUUUGUCAUUCAUUUUAUGGAGGAGAUCGACAAGGAGAUCAGCGAAAUGAAGCUGUCAGUCAACGCCAGAGCUCGUAUCGUAGCUGAGGAAUUCCUAAAGAACUUUUAAUCACCAUGUCUGGACGGCGGAUGUGACUCCCUCAUUUUUUGCUCCUGGAUCUCUGCAUCGCCGCCCCUCAGGGGUGGGGAAAUUAAAGGGCCAAGGGAGGGGGCUUGCAUUUAGGUGCAGAGUAAGGAAAUCGGUGAAUGUCUGUCAGACCUCAGGGGGGAAAUGUACAUGGCAUUUACCUUCAUUCCAAAUUCCCCCACAGGAUGGGACAGAAUAUUUUUAUUGUUAUCUUGAGAGAAAAAAAAAAAAAAGAAAUGUGCUUGUCUCAAUCUGUAAUCUUCCUUUUUUUAUUUUUUAAUAUUGCUUUAUUUUUUUGUUAUUUCUUUACCGCAGUCUUUACAGAGAAGGUCAUAAAGUGAUUUUCAGUAAGUGCCCACAGCUGGAACCUUCAUUCACAUUGAAGGGGCUACUCUCGAGUGCAUUAUCAGAUCUUGCUGCUUCCCCCCUCAAACCCCCUCAGUGAUUUUUGUUUUUUUUUGUUUUUUUGAUAAACUUGGCCAAGGAUCAAACUCGAAAAAUACACAGCCUGGUGCAUGUAUUAUUGGCAGCGGGCCCAUCUUCCUGCUCUUUGACAAGUCCGCUAGCGAGAGUGUGACCGUUUUUACCUACAAGACUGCCAGAGGUACUGUAUUAAAGGUGUAUAUCCUGUCAGCGGUCUCUACAGGGUGGCCUCCCUCCCAGCUCAUUCAGAGGAGAGAUCUUGAGACCGUUGUGUCCUCGCAGGUCAGAACACACCUUCCUGUUUCACUCCGGACUUUUGCCAAACCACACCGUUUUUCUCUGAAAUAGUGAUUGCAAAUUUUCAGAGCUUUUUUGGUUGUUUUCUUUUCCUUUUUUUUUUGUCACCCCCUUUCCUCCCCCCACAUCAUGAGAAUUCGGAAUCUG